AUGGUGGUGAUAGCGGAGGAAGCUUAUUUUCUUUUGCACAAGAUUUGCGUUCAGUAGAAUUAAUUGGUAUACACAUAGGACGUAAUCGUAAUCUAAGUUAUGCUUUACCAGUAGAAAUUAUUUUAAAAUCAUUUGAUUUGGCUCUUGUGACUUCCAAAUGGCAGUCCUCGGGUUCGGGUUCGGGUUCAG